CCUCGCCAGCCUCGGUUCGCGGGCCCUGGGCGCCCAGCGGCAUCCGUCCGCGCUGAUUCCCACUCCCGCAAGCUCCCUCGUUCCGCGUGGCCGGCGGGGAGGGUGGCGGAGGGCAGCGGGACGCUCCGUGCCGGCCACGUUGUGCCCACCGGCGCCCCAUUAUCCCCAAGGCAGGGAUCUCCCGGCCGCCGGAUUUCGAAUUUAGAAAUCACGCUUUAGUCCUGCAAGUUUGGUAUCUGUGACCACUUUAGGUUUAAUAAACACCCAUAAAUUCGUAAAGAAAGGCGAUCUUGAGGGAGGGCGCACGGCCUUGCAGCCGCAGGCCGCGGAAGGCGGAGGAGGCUGUGCGGCGAGGACCAGGCCGCAGCGGAGUCACCACCUCCCACCGCCGGCGCCCCGGGGGGCCACCCCUCAGCUAAAGGCCGCGGUACUGGGAGCGGCCUGCCCUUUGGGCUCCUGGCCAAGGGCCGCACCUCCCCCGCAGCCCCAGCGGCCGCCGCGCUCCCGCCGGGUGACGGCUGGGCAUCCGUGGAGGGCCCCGCCGGAGCUGCCGCCGCCGCCCGCGCCCCCGCCCGCUCGGCCAUGGGCGCCGCCGGCUCGUCGGCUCUGGGCAGCCUCGGCCUCCCCGCGCCGCGCCUCCCCGCGCCGUCCCGGCUCUCCUGGCUCGGGGCGGCAGCGCUGGGACUGGCCGCCGUGGCGCUAGGGACAGUGGCCUGGCGCCGCGCGCGCUCCAGGCGGCGCCGGCGGCUCCAGCAGGUGGGCACCGUGGCGCAGCUCUGGAUCUACCCGGUCAAGUCGUGCAAGGGGGUGCCGGUGAGCGCGGCGGAGUGCACGGCCUUGGGGCUGCGCUGCGGCCACCUGCGGGACAGGUUUUGGCUGGUGAUCAAUGAGAAGGGGAACAUGGUUACAGCUCGACAGGAGCCUCGUCUGGUCCUGAUUUCCCUGACUUGUGAGGGUGAUGCCCUGACUCUCGGUGCAGCCUACACGAAGGACCUGCAGUUGCCCCUCAAGACACCGGCCACGAAUGCAGUUUACAAGUGCAGAGUGCAUGGCCUGGAGAUCGAGGGCAGGGACUGUGGGGAGGCGGCGGCCCAGUGGAUAACUAGCUUCCUGAAGACGCAGCCCUAUCGCCUGGUGUACUUUGAGCCUCACCUGCAACCGAGAAAUUCUCACCAAAUAUUGGACGUGUUCCGGCCCACCGACCAGAUUGUGUACUCAGAUACCAGCCCAUACUUGAUCCUUUCUGAGGCAUCGUUGGCAGAUCUCAAUUCCAGGCUGGAGAAGAAAGUUAAAAUGACUAACUUCAGGCCCAAUAUUGUAAUUUCAGGGUGUGGUGUCUAUGCAGAGGAUUCGUGGGAUGAGCUGCUUAUUGGCGACGUGAUAAUGAAAAGAAUAAUGGCUUGUUCCAGUUAUCGUCUGUGUGACCCUUCUGAGCAGAAGCUGUAUGGAAAAUCACCUCUCUUCGGGCAGUAUUUUGUCCUGGAAAGCACAGGGACCAUCAAAGUGGGGGACCCUGUGUACCUGCUGGGCCAGUAGUAGGAAUCAUGUCCUAGAAUGUCAAGUACCUUUGAAGAAAUGUCCUCAAAAAUGCCCACACUGGAAGCAAAGUUCUGGAACUGGUACCUCAGCAUUUCCUUCAGGUCUGUGACUUCCAAGCAUUUUGUCUUUUGGACUUCCUGGUGCCUCAGUGCCCCCUAGUGCCUUUGUGCAAGGCAAAGAAAUACAGUUGUGGUAACUUAAGAGGACUUCGGUAAGUCACUUAAAUGACAAGGUAGAAUUCUGAAAACCCCUUGUGUAACUGUGAUGGUGGGAUUCCUGCUCCUUCUUUUACAUUUGCCUGUCCAGAGGGCUAACCUCUAUAAUCUCAUCACCACCCUGUAGGGAAAGAACAAGAGGAAGAGUGGGCAAGUGAGGAGAAUGUUCUGGAAGAAUGUGAUGGAAACAAACUAGCUCCCCAGAUAAGGCUGGAGGGUCACAUCACUUUUCUUCUCAAGCCCUAGACUAGCUUUUGAGAAGGCAGAAAGAGCCUGACCUUCGGGAAACGCCUGAGACGUUAAUUUUCCAUAGGUCAUCUUGGCUCUGGCACUGUUGCUCCUCAGACAAUGUCCGUGAGUGUUUGAUGGAACCUUUGUAGCAUGCGGUGUCUGUGGGCUGGAGAACUGCAUCCAUGCCAGGGUAGAAAAUCAACUCAUGAGAGCAGCCUUGCUGUCAGACUCUGAUGUGGAACAUGUGAAAAGCAAGACAAAAGCUUCCUCGCCUUGAAGCAAAACACCAAAUACAUCUCAUUAGUAAUCCCAAAGUUUUCCCCACAUAGGAGAGUGGGCAGUAGGACUAGGGAAGGGAAGACCCCUAGUUUGAUGUUGUUUGAGAGACUGUUUAAUGUUGCCCAGGGAAAUGAUGGUGUCCCUCUUGGCAGAAGAGCAAAAAGAAGGGGAAAGGAGAGUGGUGGUGAAUGGUAGCUCAGCCCAUGCUGUGGAAAAGAUUGAUGAAAAUACCUGUAGAUGGGUUUUAAUUUUCCAUCCCUGAACUUUUUUUUUUUUUUAAAGCAAGUGGGGGUAUCCUCCAGGUGCUCUCUGCUUCUCGGUUGUAAGUAUUUGAUUCCCUAAAAGCUCUCAGGAGGGUGGCUGUUCUGUCACAAAGCCCUCCGGGAUCCUUGCUGGUCUCAUCAACUCAUGACCGGGUCCACCUCCUCAAAUUCAGGGUGAGAAAGUUCUGGAGUCCAUGGAUGAGAAGAAAUUUGAUUUUGUGAUUUGAAAUAAACCACUGAAAACCUUUCAAAGGAGAAAAAGAAAGCAUGUUCUAGUUCAUUAAAAAGCAAGAUCUAAUCUUUCUACUGAUCCAAUGAUUUAACUCUGUUGAUGAACCAUUUCUUUCACUGGCAUUUUGUCCCUAGGAAGCUGACCAAAUCAUGAAAAAAUGUUCCCAAACUGUAAGUAAAUGGAAGCUACUUUGACUAGUUUCAGAUCUUACUAACUUCUUGGCACAGAAAUCAGACUUUGAAGCUGACUGAUGUGAAUGGGCAAAGCCAAUAAUUCUGACGCCUGACCAGACCCGGGUCUCUUACAAAUGGACCUGCUCACACACGGCUUCCCCAGGCAAACACCCAUCUUUGACGGGCUGUCAAGUGAACAUGCUUUUUACCAAAAGCUGUGCAUUUUCCAUGUCGGUUUUAUAAAAGAGGUUAGUAAUCAUUGGAAUCUAGCCUAGCUCUGAGGUAACAUUAGAAGUGAACAGGUGCAUAUGUAUAUGUUUUCUGGUUGGCGAAUUCUAGCAAUUUGUGUUCUGUACACUCGGCGUGAAGUGGAGAAUGAAAACAAUCCAUCAGGUAAUCUGGCCCACCACCUUCCCCAAUAAAUCCACUGUAUGCUAAAACUACAGAUUGAGGCAAAAAUAAGAGUUCAGCAAGUCACGUUCCUAAUGGGACCUUAGGACCCCACGGCAGAAUGCACACAGGAUUUAAGAAACCAGGUGAAUAUGGACUCUGAGGGCAGCCAAGAGUUAGGCACUGGUGAGAAACUCAGGGCUGGUUUGGUGGCUGUUCCUAGAGAUUUGUAAUCAGUGGCAAGCUGAAUGCCUUCGACCUGAAUUUCUAACCCUUUGUAAAUAGUGACAUCUAAUGCCUCAGUGACCCAUUCUGUGUCAGAGGCCACCCUUCCUGCUGACCCUGUCAUUGUCUGCAGUGUAGAGCGAUCCUCAAAUGGGGGGGGGGUACCCGGACACCAUAAUUUGUCGGGAGUCCCCUUCUGCCCCUCAGAGUGUGAGGAAGAUUCCUGUCUGGAGAGAGAAGUUCCAAUGACCUCUAGAAUCUCAGAGUGGUUGCCAAGCUUUCUGUCAGUGAGAUUUAAAAGCCAUUUACUUGUGUUUAUUUUAUAUUUAAUGAGCUAGUUCAUGCCAAAGGCCGGGCUGAUGUCUCGUUUAUUUUGGAUACUGAACAUUUGCACACAAUUCCACUUGAAAUAUAGGAUCGGGAAUAUAGACGAUCACAGGCCCGCAGAAAGGUCUUACAGCUGUGGGUGAUGGACAUUUGAGGUCAGGCCAAAAUAUCCACUCUUGGUGGGUGUUGUGUUUCAUUCUGGGUGGUGACUUUGUGCUGUAAUCACAGCAGAGAGUUACCAACCAAGAGCUGGAGAUCCUGAAGAGAAGAGUGUGGGGAAGGCUCUACUGGGCAGACUGCUCGAAGGCUCACUUUCGUGACUGUUCAGAGAAAAAGUUGGAGUUUCAUAACCAGGAGACAGAGCAGUGACUUAGACACACAGGGCAGAAAAAAAUCAGGUUAGGCCUGAUGGAAAUCAGGCAGUUGUCUGGCAAUGAGAGAUCCUCCUGUCUUUCUGCCCUUGGGGAUGUGGGGGGCAGGGUGAGGAGGUGUGCUUGUUGGGGGCUGCCCAUUUGGUAGUACCAUGUGGAGGCCAGGCCAGCUUGUGUCUUUGGGAAACUAUCUGUGAGGCUGUCACCAACAGCGAUGGCAGGCUGGAGCUCCUGGCAUGUGUCCCCAGAACUCUGAUAGUGUGACAAAUUGGAGUGGUCCAUGAUGGCAGAGAGCAGAUGGUCAAGAGUCACUCAAACAUGCUGGAGGGGCUCUCACACCAGCCUUCGACUGUAGGUCCAACCAGGCCGUUGGGGCCAUACCCUAACACUAUACUUCCCUAGGUUUUUUUGGUCCAUGAAAUUCUGGAACUUUGCCUGGAGGGAUGCUCCUAAAAAAGAAUUCCAUGGACCUGUAACUCUGGCAAGUCCUGUGUGCCUCCCUUUAGAUUUCUUCAAAGGCCUGGCAACUCAUUGGAGGCUUGGGACCUGCAUCGAGGAAUUCUGUUUAACGCUGCCCUCCUCCAAACUCCUGUCUGACCCCCUCCUGAGAAACCUGUCCUGACCUCCAGAUCUCUCGAGGGGGCACCAGCCAGGGGCAGGGAAUCACGAUUAGCAAGAAUGGUGCACUCAUGAGAAGGCUGAGGAAGUUAAAAGAGCCCCCAACCACAUGAAGGAGGCCUCUCUUGGGAUGCUUCCUCUUGUCGUCUCCCUCGUCCCUGGACUGAGGCUUAAAAGGAUAAAGGAGGUGUGGAGAGAAUGUCUUAGACCAGCUCUCCUAAAAUGGGCCUUGGGGAGAUGCAUUCCUUUUCUUUGGACUCGUUUUCCAAACCUGCAUUCAUGGAUGGAUAGGGUGGACCAGGGUUGAGGGGGUGGACACAGAAUCUAGUCUUGGCCUUACAACAAUACCACACCAGUUCUCCAGGAUGCUUUAUGCACCAGGGAGGGGCACUAUCUUCCCAUCUGUUAGCUUUACCUUUCCCAUGCAACUUGUCAACUAGAGUUGCCUCCCACUACAUUAAGCAGAACUACCCCAGGGGUCCUAUUGCCUCCGACCAUACAUAUAUACUCACUUUAUCCCAUGAUCUUAUAUUUGCAAGAACAUUGUUUGCUUCUACCACUUUCUUAAAAAUGGACAAGUGAGUUAUGGUAGUGUCUGAAGUUGCCCAAUUUUAAGCAAGGGGAAGAAUCUGGUUGAAGGAUUCAACAAAGUCUCUUGGAAUUGGGAUAAUAGAAGUAUACCUGAGGUAUCCCUUUGUUUGCUUUGACUGCACUGUCUUCGGAGGAAGAGGCCCAGACAACAGCUUUGACUAUGAUCCUGUUCUCCCUCAAAACACAGCUGAUAGGGGACUGGUGGGGCCAUCUGGUCCCAUCUUCUUCGGCCUAGCUCAGAAAGAGGAGUUGCCCUAAUCACAUUAUUAGUCUUCCUGGACAGGCUGUAGUAACAAAAGGGGCUGAGAAGUGUCUUCUCAUCUAACUUCUUCCAAGGCUCAUUUUGAUGGCUGGGUCAAGUUCACUCAUGUUUGGCUAUUGACCAACCUAAUCUAUUCGUUCUUGGUGGUCCUCAGUCAUGCUCCCUUACCUUCACAGAGCAUUCUAGACUGCUCUUCCUCCUACCUCCCUUCUGAAGCCCACAGCCUCUGAUUCUUUCCCUUCAUUUCCUGCUCUAUGCUCUCUACCAAUCCCUGACCUAUAACUUCAGUAGUCCAGACUCCAGUCCUGGUGGAGCCCUGUGGGAUGUAAGUCAAGGCUAACUUCCCUCUCUCUCUUUGGGAUUUGCUGGGAGUAUUGUAAAUAUAGUGUUGUCAUAAUUAUUUCUGAUUAAUAUUUUUACACCUAAUAAAGUUUCAAAGGGAUGGUGUUUACUUGGUCUAGGGGAGGGGCACCUUCCAGAUGACUUGCCCAGCAAUUAAAGCGGCUCGUUAGUUGGAGGCCCGCGAUGGCCGAGGACAGCUGGAGAGCUCUUCUUUGCAAGCAGCUCUGGUUAACAUCAACCAGGAAAGCUCUUUGUAAACACAUGAAUAAUUGAUCGUCCAGCGCUCACAUAGCUACUGAGGAUCUGAGCCUGUAUGACUCAUUUGCAAGCCAUCCCUGUCGUCUGGAUGCCAUAACAUUGGAGGAAUGAUGAUUGUUUCUUGGAGAUUCUUCUGUGGCCAGAGUUGCCAAGACCAAGGCUGUAAUGGUUUGUUAUGAUGACCUUUGUUAUUCCAUUAGACUCAAUUGCUUUAAAAAAUGAUGUGUGCAUACUUUAGGAACGUUUUUACCCUUUACGUUGACCUGACAUCAUAGUUUAUAUUACAAAAUGUAUUAAUGACAGAGGAGUGUUUUCAUGUCCCAAGGACAAAUUUUAACAACCAUAAUCUGCCCUUAGUCAUCAUAAAUAUAAAUGUAUUGGUCAAACAGAUCUCGUUAAUGUGGCCAAGAUAAAUGCAAGUCUAUAUUUUAAGGCAGUUGAAGUUCUAGAGAAUAUUUGGAGCUUUUUGUGGGGCUAAGAGAUCUUGUAUAUGUGCUAUCAAAGGGCUGAGAAAAUUAACAUGGUUCCCCCUCUGGUUUUUCGUUGGACAGAUAUAAACGUCUUGGGGAUGUCAAGUAAGAUUGUUCACAUAGUUUCUGGACUCCGUUAAUGCCUGGUGGGGUGAAGCUUAGUUCUUAAAGCUGUAUUCUUUUCAUUAUGCUCACAGUGCUUCUGAAAGGAAAAUAAAGAUUUCAAGACUUA